AUGAAGUUUUCACGCGUUGCCAUACCAGGGGUGAAGCAUGUUAUAACACUGUGUAGUGCGAAGGGGGGAGUGGGAAAGUCCACUUGUUCCGUUAAUGUUGCACUUGCUUUGAAAAAUAUCGGGUUUAAUGUUGGUGUAGUGGAUGCAGACAUCACGGGACCGUCCAUUCCUACGAUGAUGGGCGUGGACUCGUCCCAAGUGGAAACUUACCGCGUGGCGGGGAGUGACCGAUUUGCACCACCUACCAAUUUUGGGGUGAAGGUUAUGAGCAUGGGUCUUAUCGUUCCUCAUGAUGAAGCUAUAGCUGUGCGAGGACCAAUGGUGAAUAAGUAUAUCCGGGCCUUACUGUUUCAAACAGACUGGGAUGAGUUGGACUACCUGGUGAUUGAUAUGCCCCCGGGAACGAACGAUGUCCACCUCACAAUUACACAAGAGGUGGUUUUGAGGGGUGCCGUUAUCAUUUCUACACCACAGAAGAUUGCCCUAGUAGACGUCAGGCGUGGCAUAGAUAUGUUUGCAGCAGUAAACACGCCUAUAAUUGGGAUUGUGGAAAACAUGAGUUACUUUAAGUGUACCCAAUGCGAGACAAAGCAUUAUCUUUUCGGUACUGGUGGAGUCAAGGCGACGGCGGAGGAGCUUGGGGUUCCAUACCUCGGUGAGGUGCCUUUCCAACAACGCAUUAUGUCAGACACAGACGAAGGAUACCCGCCGGCACUAAGGGGGGACCGCUCUCUAGAUGCUGCCCUCCCAUUUUAUGAGCUUGCCGAGCGUAUUGACACUGCAGUAAAUGCUCUGGUAGCUGGUAACGACGGGCGCAAGCAAACGGUAGAAACACCUACCAUAACGUUUCAGUAA